AAAAACGAUGACGAAAACGGCACAGCGCUUGGCACAGCGGAAAAAGUUGUACAAUUUUUGUAUACCAAACCGUAGAAAAUGUGUAUUUGGUUUAGUUAGUCUUACGUCUACAUCCGGCUUGUGAACACACUGCGCGUGAAACGCUCUCCGCGAAAUAAUAAAAAAAGAAGGAAAAAACGAAGUACCGUAUCAAACGAGAAGCAUAGCAGAAAUAUAAUAAAACAGAAGAAGGCGAACGAAGGAAUACAUUUAUAUAUCUCUCGCUCGGUGUUAUUUACACACUCGCAUAUAUAUUGAUAGUGGUGUGUAUUUUUGUAAUGUCGCCACGAGGUCGUAGCGCGAAAUUUCUUUAAAUAAUAAUCGUUUAUAUCAACUCGUUGUUUUUAUAUUUCUCGCUCAAGAAAAAAUUCGUUUUGCCUUUUUGUAUUUUUAUUUCUUUUUUUUUAAAAAAGUUGUCUCUCCGCAUCAAUCUUCCACACCAUUCUUUCUCGAUUUUUAUUUUGGUGAAUACAUCGAUCGGGCGCGAUUUUUUUCCCAUUCGUUCGUUGAUUGGUUGAAACAUUGGUUAUGUGCUCUAUUGAGUGAACAAAAAAAAAAACUUUCUGUUUUGAGGUGCGUUUAAAUAACUAAAUACGCAAAAGAAAAAAAACGUGUGUUGAGUUACAAACAAGAAAGAAUCGAUCGAAUCAAAUCAAAAAUCAAACAAGUGACAUAAUUUUUUCCCAUCAAGAAACGAGUUGAGUUCAGCAGAGGAGGAAAAAAAAGCGAAUCGUGAAAAAUUUCCAUCGACGACAUCAGCUAUAUAACUGAAGAGUGAAGAAGAAGAAGAAAAAAGUAUAUACAGAUAGCAAUAUUGAAAACAGCGCGACUGGCUGACAAAGAGAUACACUGCGAUAAUAGACACAUUGCGAAAAAAAAGAAGAUUUUAACAAAUUUGUUCGCUUCCUACAAAAAAAACUAUCAACGAUAGAGUGUGUAUUUUAUGUAGUAGCCAGUUUGACCAAAGCACAUUAAAAUCCAGCUAAAGAAAUAUAAAUAAUAACAAUAAUAACAACACCAGCAGAAAUACAACAACAAUAAUAAAACGCUGUGAAAAAAAGGCAGAAAACGAAGAAAAAAAAAUCGAACGAAAUAUCUUCGCGUGUGUUGUGAAUUUUUAUUAAAUAAAAACGACGUAGCAGAAAUUAUAUAUAUAUGUAUAUAUAUAUACACGGCUGAGGCAACGGCACCGGAGAGAAGAGCGUCAAGUAAUGCGAUUGUGAACGAACGUCAAAAAGAGAGGCGACAAAAAGAACACAGAGAACGAACGAACGAAAGAAACAAGAGCAGAAAACGCAUUGCGAAAACGAUAUAUGCCUCAGUGAAAGACCGUGGUAGUAAAAUCGAUGCCUUAUACGAUAAUUUCGUGACAAAACAGGAUAAAAAUAACCUUAAUUCUAUAUUACAUUGGAACCAAGUGAAAAGGAAAACGCACAUACAUAUUUUUAUAGUGAUAAGACGAGGGUAACAAGUGAAAAAAAAAUUUUUGUUUGGGUUGAACACAAAAAGUUGAGAAAAACGAAAGUGAAUCGAAAUUGUUUGGUUGAUCGUGACACCAGAAAAAGGAUAAGCUACAGCAUGGAUUCGUUUAAUGCAACAUGGCCGUCGCCCGAUGGCCUUGAAUCAAUAUCCAACGAUGGCAUUCAAACGAUGGAUCUGGUGACGGAUCUGCAAGAAUCAUUUGAGCCGCUUCAAAGAGCACGUUCAAAUACAUGGCCUUUACCUCGACCAGAAAACUUUGUCGACCCUGAUGAGUCUGAGAGUAAAAAAUGCAGUAAUCAGCAGCUAUCAACAAUAGAUGAUUCUCAGCAAGUGACAUUACCAAAUUUGGCGGCACAAAAGAAGAAUUCAUCACGUCGAAAUGCGUGGGGCAAUUUAUCCUACGCCGAUUUGAUAACGCAGGCAAUCACUUCAGCCGUCGAUAAUAGAUUAACAUUAAGUCAGAUUUAUGAGUGGAUGGUGCAAAAUGUUCCUUAUUUCAAAGACAAAGGUGACUCCAACAGCAGCGCUGGCUGGAAGGUGAGUAGUCGUCACAAAAAUUGUUAAGCUCCUUUAUGGCUUCAUUUUAUUUUUUAUUAUAAUAUUCGGGUUUUUUUUUCUACGGAGUUCUAUGGCAAAACGCAAAAUAUUCGGGUGUAAAACCUUCCUCCAUUGAUUUGUCGAAUAUGAAUAUAUUUCCAAAUAUACGUGUUAGAUUUGUGUUUUGGCUGCGUGUGAAAGACCUACCUGAAAAUUUACUACGCAUCGCAUAAAAUAUGCGUGUUGUCUUGACGAUAUUAAAAAUGGUAUUUUCGCAUAAGUGGCAGUGUGGCGAAGGUUUCUUUUCACACGAGAGAAGAAGGAAAAA